CGGCGUGCGGCCAGAACCCGGAGGCGGUGCAGCGCGGCGGGUGCGGUUCAGUCGGUCUUCGGCGGCGGCGGCGGCGGAGGAGGAGGAGGAUGUGGGCCACGCACGGGCUGGCGGUAGCGCUGGCCCUGAGCGUGCUCCCGGGCGGCCGGACGCUGCGGCCGGGCGACUGCGAAGUUUGUAUUUCUUAUCUGGGAAGAUUUUACCAGGAUCUCAAAGACCGAGAUGUCACAUUCUCACCAGCCAUUAUUGAAAAAGAACUGAUAACAUUCUGCCGUGAAGCAAGAGGCAAAGAGAAUCGCUUGUGCUAUUACAUUGGGGCCACAGAUGAUGCAGCCACCAAGAUUAUCAACGAGGUGUCAAAGCCCCUGGCUGCCCACAUCCCUGUGGAGAAGAUCUGUGAGAAGCUAAAGAAGAAAGACAGCCAGAUCUGCGAACUAAAGUACGAUAAGCAGAUCGAUCUGAGCACAGUGGACCUGAAGAAACUCCGAGUGAAAGAGCUGAAGAAGAUCCUGGAUGACUGGGGAGAGAUGUGCAAAGGCUGUGCAGAAAAGUCUGACUACAUCCGGAAGAUAAAUGAACUGAUGCCUAAAUAUGCCCCCAAGGCAGCCAGUGCUCGGACGGAUUUGUAGUCUACCCAAUUCCUGCUGCUCCUGAGGGGGGAAAAAACAGUUCAGCUGUCUCUUCCCAAAAUAGCCUUUUUGUAAUUUAUUUUUUAAGGGCUCCUGACAAUAUCAGAUGUGAAGCCUGGAGCUUUCCUGAUGAUACUGACUCUACAGUGUCCCCAUGGGGGGAUUCACUUCCGUCUGUUGCUGGUUUACUCUAGGACUUCAAAGUGUGUCUGGGAUUUUUUUAUUAAAGGGGGAAAAAAAAUCCUGCUGUCCUUGGCGAGUUAAAGUGAAUGCUAACAUAGGAUUUUACCCUACAGUGAUCCUGUCAGCUUUAUGCUUUCUGGUUUGCAAGGAGUUUGGGGGAUAUCAUUCCAUUUGCCUCUCACCCACCAGUGCUAACAAUACCAGAACAGUACAUGGGGCUGAGGCCAGCUGAUGUAUGUGGAUUCUGCAGGGUUGGAGGCUGUCAGACACCUAAGCCUUAGGGCAGGAUUGAGCUUGAACCCACCCCUUAAUCCUGGAGGGACCUGAGGUUGCACAGCAUCUGGGCAUAGGUUGAGUCUGAAGUUCAGGAGAGGGUCUUAUUUCUGGGCACUGAGAGUACAUGGCUUGUGCCUUCCCACAAUAACUUACUUACGUGUAAAGAUACGCUGCCUGGCUUGCUCAUCAGUUUCGUGGUCUAACUCAGUGCCAAGCCUCUGAUGCCUACUGGGCCGGAGUCAGCUGAUACAAAGAGGCAGUGGGUGGGCUGCCUUUUGCCUAUUUCCUCUAGAUACCAGUGAAGGUCCUGAAAGCUUGUUUGCAGUCUGGAUUCUAGCUACUCUCCUGUUAGUACUUAGUUGUCAGUGUGAGUUGCUGCUCAAUGGAGACGCCUGCCCCUCCAGCCCAGAGAUCACCUGAAAGGAGGGACUAAGAAGUUGUGCUUUCCAAGGAGUUGGUUUUACCUCAGAUCACUUCAUUCCUGUGGUUACUGAAUCCAGUUCGCCUGUAAGGGCAUUCUUGUAGCCUACCAUGGAGCCUAUCCAAGACCAUUCCUCUUGCACCUGUGAACGUUCUGAUUGUGGGAAGAGGGGAGAUCUGGGUGCAAGUUCUGUGCCUGAUGUUGAGCUAGGUGCUCCACUGGCUCAAGCAACCCUUAUCUCUGGAGAAUAAAAACUCAGUAUGGAAAGCAAUGGUAACUUCUGGCACUAAUUUGGCCUCUUUGCCAUUGGCGCCGAGUCAAUCAUUCCAGUCUGCCGUCUGCCUACAUGCCCACAGCAGAAGGCUGGACCCGGUGCCUAUCUCUGUAAGCUGCAGGUGCAUUGUUUCUAGUUUCUGUGCCUGGACCUUGCCACGUCUCACCUGCAUCCAUAGCCAUAGUUUUCAUGGCAUUUCCUGGACAGCUAUUGGUGAACCUGAAUGCAGGGGACGCCCAAGAUGUGGAUCUUUGGGAUCUGUGCGUCAGAAGUGGAGAUGUCAACUCUGGACCCAGUCAGAAGAUGCCACGAAGGAGAAUGGGGAUCGCUCAACCUAGUGGGGGGCGGGGAGAAGAGGAAUACUACACGUAAAGAGGUCAGACGGGGUCUGGCUUGGGACUCUGGACACCCACGGACGCUCCAGUCAGCACGGGUCCCAGAACUGGCAGAAAGUGGCCCGGGAACACAGAGCUGAGACCCAGAUUCUGGGCCCGGGACAGAGUGAGCCAGCCCACCAGCCGCUGCCCAAGGCUCCGGUCCCAAGUCAGCCCCAUCCUUGGCCACGCCAGUCACGCAGCAGCGCCAGCGCUUCGGUUUCAUCCGCUCACCACAGCGUCACGUGGCACGAGACGGCGCAGCCUGAUGAGACGCACCGG